AGCAUCGACAAAAUCCGACGUGGAGAACAGAGAUUGGUUGGAACAAGCAAAGCCUCACGGUGAUUGGCCAAUUUUGCAACGAACACGUUGCUAUGUGUAUCGUCGACUCCAUAGUCAAGUCUUUGUGGAAUGAAUCACUUUCAGGCCUAUUUGUCACUGUAAAAUCAGUACUGGUAGCAAAAGAAGAAGAAGAAGAAGAAGCGAUUCAAUAUAACCUUUAAUUGAUUGAUUCAAUACGAACACACACAUUUUAAUUUCAAUCCCUAACCCUAAUUCCUAAUUUUGAUUGCAAGCACAUCGAGAUCCGUGAGAGAGAGCUUAGUUGAGCCCUGAGAUUGCGUUUCGUAGAGAUAGAGAGAUCCGAUUCUCUUGUCUUGUAAUCUUCAAUGGCGCAUCGAAGAGCCAAAUUGUUGUUCCUUCUCUGCGCUCUCUGUUAUUCUCUCCAUGCCAUUGCCGCAAAGAGCUAUUACGAUAUACUUCAAGUUUCGAAAGGUGCAUCGGACGACCAGAUAAAGAGAGCGUACAGGAAGCUCGCUUUGAAGUACCAUCCUGAUAAGAAUCAGGGAAAUGAAGAAGCUAAUAAGAAAUUUGCGGAGAUUAACAAUGCAUACGAAGUAUUGUCGGAUAGCGAGAAGAGAAGUAUUUAUGAUAGGUAUGGUGAAGAGGGUUUGAAGCAGCAUGCUGCUGGUGGUGGAAGAGGUGGUGGAAUGAACAUGCAGGAUAUUUUUAAUUCUUUCUUUGGUGGGGGAUCAAUGGAGGAAGAAGAAGAGAAAAUUGUAAAAGGUGAUGACGUGAUUGUUGAUUUGGAUGCAACCCUUGAAGAUUUGUACAUGGGAGGUUCCUUGAAGGUUUGGAGAGAGAAAAAUGUUGUUAAGUCAGCACCUGGGAAGAGACGCUGUAACUGUAGAAAUGAGGUUUAUCACAGGCAAAUUGGACCUGGGAUGUUUCAGCAGAUGACAGAGCAGGUCUGUGACCAGUGUCCUAAUGUCAAAUACGUAAGGGAGGGGUAUUUCAUCACUGUCGAUAUUGAGAAAGGCAUGCAAGAUGGACAGGAGGUACUAUUUUAUGAGGAUGGCGAGCCCAUAAUUGAUGGAGAAUCUGGAGAUUUAAGGUUCCGUAUCCGUACUGCACCUCAUGAAAUUUUCAGAAGGGAAGGCAGUGACUUGCACACCACUGUCACUAUAACGCUGGUUCAAGCCCUUGUUGGUUUUGAGAAGACCGUUAAACAUCUAGACGAACAUCUAGUGGACAUAAGCUCGAAGGGAAUCACAAAGCCAAAGCAAGAAAGGAAGUUCAAAGGGGAGGGUAUGCCACUGCAUAUGAGCACGAAGAAAGGUGAUCUUUACGUCACUUUUGAGGUUCUAUUCCCGACGUCACUGACGGAUGAACAGAAAAUAAAGAUAAAAGAUAUUCUUGGUUAGAAUAAAUUCUAGAUACAUGCUAUUUCGCCCAUUAUGUCCUCAGUGUAACUUGAUUAGGUGGUUGGUUAUAGGUCAGCAAAUGCAUGUCUCAGGCUUCUUACCCGUGCCAUUUUUUGUUAGUUAACAAAUAGAUACAUUAUUUUUGUUGUUGAUAGUGAUGUGUCUAUUGUGAUCCUUUGAUCCUUGUCGUUCCAUGACAGUGCCUUAUUGUGGUGCUAUUUUGGUACAAGGAUAUUAUCACAACACUAGCUGAAAGAAAAACAUACUUGUAUUAGCUUUAUUUGUAUCUGCAAUUGUUCAUCUUGUGAGCAAGUUAGAUUACAUUUCUGCUUAUGGCAUGGUUUUAUCCUCCACUUGCGAUCUACGCCAGAGUGAAAUGUCUAUAAUUUGCAAAAUGCAAGUUAGGGUUGGUCUGUUGACAAAAUAGAAAUCAAGUUAAUGAUCUUUUACUUU